AUGGGAACACCAGCCGCCGAACAGAGAAAACUUAUAGAACAACUUAUGGGUAAAGAUAUCCAAAGUCGAUUUGGUGGCCGUAGUAGAUAUUAUAAACAAAAUUUAGGUAUACGAGAUCCUCGUGUGUGUAAAUCCUACCUUGUUGGUAACUGUCCCUAUGACCUAUUUCAAGGUACCAAACAAAGUUUAGGAAAAUGUCCACAGCUACAUUUAUCUAAAUAUAAGUUACAAUACGAUCGAGAUAUUGCCAAUGAUAAAAAAUAUCCUGAGUUUGAAAGAGAAUACUAUCUAGUAUUAGCCAAGUUUGUUCACGAUUGUAACGAUCAAAUAGAGGUAGCUUUAAAAAAUUUAGAACAUACAUCGGAAGAAAGAGAAAGGAUUAAAUCAGUGACAAAGGAGUUAGAUGAUAUCGACACCCAAAUAGGUCUGAUGAUGCAAGAAAUAGAAUCUUUAACAACACAUAACGAAGUAUCAAAAGCUGUAAUGCAAUCUGUAAAAUUAGAAGAAAUGCAGGAAAGAAGGAAGGAGAUUGCCAAAAACGUUAAAAAUAUUACAGAAAACGUAGGCCAGAGUGCCCAACAGAAAUUACAAGUAUGCGAAGUUUGUGGAGCAUAUUUAUCUAGGCUUGAUACUGACAGAAGAUUAGCAGAUCAUUUCCUGGGGAAGAUUCAUUUAGGCUAUGUCAGAAUGAGGGAACAUUACCAGUUAUUUAGUAAACAGAGAGACAACUAA